AUGUGGUGGAUGCUGUUUCCCCGAUGGAUUUGGUUUCUACUGGCGCACGGUUACACUAUACUCCUUUAUAUGGACAGUUGUGGUGUGAGAGCAAUGCCUAUGUCUGUGGCAAAGGUGGUGUACUCCCACGCGGGUCUUUGCCCGAAUGACCUGAACCCCAACCUGUGGGUAGAUGCUAUGAGCACCUGUAUGCGCGAGUGUGAAUCCGACCAGGACUGUGAGACGUUUGAGAAGUGCUGCCCUAAUGUAUGUGGCAACAAGAGCUGUGUGGCAGCACGCUAUAUAGACAUCAAGGGCAACAAGGGCCCCAUUGGAAUGCCAAAGGGCGCCACCUGCGACAAGUUCAUGUGCUCUCAGCAAGGGUCGGAGUGUGACAUCUGGGAUGGCCAGCCUGUUUGUAAGUGCCGGGACCGCUGUGAGAGGGAACCCCACUUCACGUGUGCUUCUGACGGCAUGACAUAUUAUAACAAGUGCUACAUGGAUGCAGAGGCCUGUUCCAAGGGUAUCUCUAUCUCUGAGGUCACCUGCAGGUACCAUCUGACCUGGCCCAACACCAGCCCAAUCCCUGCAGAGACCACCCUACAUCCCACCACCGCCCUCCAGACCACCCUCCCAGCUGACGUCCAGCUCCCCACCAUACACAGCGGCCCCACCCAGCUGGCUGUUUUUGUCGGAGAGACAGCUAGCUUCCUGUGUGAGGUGUCUGGGAAGCCACAUCCGGAAAUCACCUGGGAGAAACAGCUGAAGGGCAAAGAGAACAACAUAAUGAGGCCUAAUCAUGUCCGAGGGAACGUCGUGGUUACUAACAUUGGCCAGCUGGUCAUAUACAAUGCACAGCUUCAGGAUGCCGGCAUCUAUACGUGCACAGCCAAAAAUGUCGGGGGAAGUGUAUCAUCACACUUUCCCUUGGUAGUGAUCAGGAGAGAAGUGAAAGGUAAGAAUGCAGAGGGGAAUAGUACCAACCUGCCUUUUCCAGCUGAGGAGUGCCUUAAGAGCCCAGACACAGAUGACUGUGGAGAAGAGAGCAUGAGCUGGCACUACGAACCAAAGAGGAACAAUUGCUUCACCUUCACCUACAGCCAGUGCAAUAAAAACCGUAACCAUUUUGACACCUACGAAGCCUGCAUGCUGUCAUGUGGAGGAGAGCUAGCGGCUCCCUGUAGCCUACCGAGCCUCCAAGGGCCUUGCAAGGCUUACGAGCCUCGCUGGGCCUAUAGCAGCAGCCUCAAAAAUUGCCAGUCCUUUGUCUAUGGAGGCUGCGGUGGCAACGAGAACAACUUUGAGUCCAAAGAGGCCUGUGAAGAGAUGUGCCCCUUUCCGAAGAACCAUAACUGCAAGAUGUGUAAACCCCGAGGCAAAAUGGUCACCAGCUUCUGCAAGAGUGACUUUGUGAUCCUGGGGCGUGUGACCGAGCUGACAGAGGAGCAAGAGUCGGGCCACGCUUUGGUGACAGUGGAGGAGAUCUUGAAGGAUGAAAAGAUGGGUCUGAGGUUCUUCGGCAAAGAACCGCUGGAGGUGGCCCUUCUGAACAUGGACUGGAACUGCCCCUGCCCCAAUAUCACUGUGGCCGACGGCCAGCUCAUCAUCAUGGGAGAUGUUCACAACGGCAUGGCCAUACUGCAGCCCGACAGCUUUGUAGGCUCCUCCAGCACUCGUCGAAUCAGGAAGCUCCGUGAGGUUAUCCACAAGAAAACCUGCGACUUCCUUAAAGAUUUCUCUGCCGUCCAGUAG